CUUAGUGACAAGACAGAGGACUCUAAACUGAGCUCUCUCCACGCCACCCCGAUUCCUGGACAUGAGUGUUGGAGCCAUGAACAAGGUCUCCCCCCAGGGAGAUGCAGAGAGCAGCGGUGCUGCUGGAAGGAAAACCCACCCUGGAGGAGAAGGCUGUGGACCCCUCUGCUGCUCACGCCGCGGAGCCUGCCUCUCGCUCUUCCUGCUGCUCCUGCUGCUCAUGCUCACCGCCUUGCUCGCUGUGGCCACUGUCCUUGGACGUCCGCCCCGAGUACCAGAGAAUCAGUCUUGUGUGACACUGGCCAACAGGACAGGCUUCUUGUGCCAUGAUCGAAGGCACUGCAUCCCGGCCCAUGGGGUGUGCGAUGGCCUUCGCACCUGUCCCCACGGCGAGGACGAGGAUGAAAGUUUGUGCCGAGAUGUUCCCCGGACCCUGCCCAGCUUCCUCCUGGCCUACUGCGGAGACCCAGCCUUCUGGAUCUACUCCGACCAGAAGUGUGAUGGCACCAACAACUGUGGAGACUGCUCGGAUGAACUGAGUCCAGUGACUGCAUGCCCGCUUUGUGGCCCCGGGUGGUGGCGCUGUACUCCAACUGUGUUCCAGUACUGCGGCUGUGUUCCGAGGGUUCUGUGCGGGGAUGGCAUGCAGCACUGUACCGACUGGUCCGAUGAGCUCUCCUGCCCUGGCCCCUGAGGGAGCCUCACCUCAGCAGCGUGGAAGCUGACAGUGGAAACCCUUCACCAGAGCAUCAAACCCUGGGCCACAGGGGCAGGAAGAAACCUUUGUCGUCGUCCACUGGCAUCUCCCCACUGUCCCUGAAUUGCCUUUCCUCCUCUCAGACAUCUCGGCCUCUGCUUGAGCACUUCCGGUGACAGGGAGCUCAAAACCAUGUUAGGCAGCCAGCUUCUAACUGAGAUGAGGUGAGUGUGCCUCCAUCAUUUUAGGCCUGUGAAUGGGACCACACACAGGAAAUACGCUCCUUGGCUCCAGAGAAUUUGUGGCUUAAAUACCAUGCAGAGGGGUUCAGCCCCCAUGGGUAGAAGACAGAGCACACACAUGGAUCAUCAUUUGGUGCCUCCAGCAGAAACUGCAGCUGAGCUCAAAGGCCGCUGUGCCCCGUUGCUCAACUCACCAGCAGCCCGCAUUGAUCACUGAGGUUGUACAUGGCACGUUGGGACUUGGCAUCCUUCUAGCUUCUCCAUCUCCUGGAGGCUGAAGAGUGGGAGACCCAGAGAAAGGGCAGCUUAGAAGAACCCCCAAAGCCUUCAGCAUUAGCCUUGGCCCUGUUUCCCUCCACAAUCUCCUGUGUGUUUAUAUUUUGGUCCUGAAGCCAGAAGGAAGUCUGCUUACCUUCUAGCCCCACUAUAAAGUAAUAAAACUGGUCUCCUACAUUAGUGUCUUGUGAA